AGAGAGGGAGAGGGAGAGGGUUUUGUGCAGUGGCAGGAGCAAGUCGCGAUUCCCCAGGAAAAGGGAGGUGUAUUCUUUUAUCUUCUGAAGGGGGAUUUAAACUGGCUUCAGAUUGGCUUUAGUCUGACAGAGGAUUCCCCCUCUUGUGGAGUAUGGUUCUCUCCUCUAAUGUAACACGGGACUUUUGUGAAGCGAGAGAGGUGCACAGGAAGCAGGGAGAGGGACACUUGCUCCUACUUCCUUUGUACUCAACCUGCUUGACAGAUGGCACUGGCAGAAUGAUCUUUGACUCCCUCCCAGCGACCAGUUCUCGCGCCACUCACUGAGGCAUUAACUGCGUGAAGACGGCGACACACUGGGGCACAAGACGGACCUCACCCUCCAGCAUGGGCGCAAUCCGGACUGACAGUGACGUCCUCUGCUGCAGCAACUUUAAAAUGAGCACAAAGUGACAACAAAUAACCUCCCAGCCUUUACACAAUAUCAGCAUCAAUAUUCAAAGGCUAACAGUUGGUGCCUUACUCUUUAGCAUUACAGUAGCAACAGCAGCUGAGGUAACCGCUUUGGCAGCUUCGACAGUAGCACAGCGCGUGUGUGUGUGUGUGUGUGUGUGUGUGUGUGUGUGUGUGUGUGUGUGUGUGUGUGUGUGUGUGUUUAGUGUGCAAGUUGGCCUGCCAGUACCUGGGGAGGACCAGCAAAGGAGUUGUGUUACACUCCCUGACAGACCUUAUACAUGUUUCAUCUGCUGCUCUCAGAACAGAAGCCUCCUUUGUUAUCUAAUCCAGCCCUCUCCUCUCCAGCCUGAGUUUACUGCCACAAGACCGCUCUUCACAGUCUGUCAGCCAGCCGCCGAGCUGAUACAUAUCAACCAACAGCUGAGGAGCAGCAGAAGGACUUAGUCAGGCCCAAGAUAUCUGCUAUCAGGACUUCUCAGCCAGUCUUUCAAUCCAUUGGCUGGCACGCGGAGAGGGCUUUAAAAUAAACAAGCAGAGGUCCACCAAAGAUUGUCACGGAUCUAAAAGGUGCCUCAUCUGUUCAGCACUAAACCUCAACUUUUCUGUAGGUAAUAGCCCUUCAAGCUUCAGAAUUGCAGCAUUUGCAGUUCUUUUAACCAAGGAUCUCAAAAAAAAGUAGGUGUUGUAUUUGCACUUUAGAAAGCUAGUCAGGAGCAUGAGUGACGCUCUUAGGCCCCCUUCGCUCCAGGUGAGCGUCCCAAACGAUGCUCCAGCAUACUCAGACGGAGGAGCCAACACAGUGUCGGAUGGCUCUGUGCGAUCCAGCUUCUCAACCCCGACGCUCCGACGCAAGCGCUUUAAGAUGCGGCGCAUGAGGAACGUGCCUAGCGAGAGGGAGCUUGAAAGGGGGCGGCUAACCAGUGGCCACCUCACAGCCCGCUCCGGCUCCAAGGAGUACCUCCAGCUGCCUUCCAUUGAGAUCACGCCAUCCAGCGAUGAAGAUGCCACCUCUUCCUGGUCGCGCUGCUCCACGCCCAGUGCCUCUCCACGACGCAAGCGUUUUCUGUUGAGGAAGUGGCUGAAGGUCCGACAGAAGAAGGAGCAAGGCAGUGAGAGCAGCAGCCAGCAGAGCAGCCAGCAGAGCAGCCAGCAGAGCAGCCAUGAAGAUGACAACACUCGCUUCUUGACUCCAUUUAUCCGAGAGGAGAGGUCUGACAGUGCAGCGGACAAAAUCAGCACUGCCAGUAACUCAAACAAGAGCACCCCCGCCUGCUCACCAGUCCUGCGUAAACGCUCGCGCUCUCCCACACCACAGAGCCAGGAGGGUGAGAACAUGGUGGAGAAGGGUUCUGACCACUCUUCUGACAAAUCCCCCUCCACGCCCGAGCAGGUCGUCCAGAGAACAUACUCCCUGCAGUCAGCAAGAAGCGGCGGAAAGAACUCAAAGUCUCACAAGCGACUUUCCAAAUAUGACAGACUAAACCUGAUUAAAAAGAGCCAAAGCUGGUACAACCAUGAAAGACAACACAUCCUGAGAGUGCUGAGUCCGACAUACAAGCAGCGCAAUGAGGACUUUAGGAAACUCUUCAAGCAGCUCCCUGACACAGAGAGACUCAUUGUGGACUACUCUUGUGCUCUUCAACGCGACAUCCUCCUGCAGGGACGACUCUACCUCUCUGAGAACUGGAUCUGUUUCUAUAGCAACAUCUUCCGCUGGGAAACACUGCUGACAGUGCGGCUAAAGGACAUCUGCUCAAUGACAAAAGAAAAGACUGCCCGCCUCAUUCCCAAUGCCAUCCAGGUCUGCACUGACACUGAGAAGCACUUUUUCACCUCAUUUGGAGCCAGGGAUAGGACUUACAUGAUGAUGUUCAGACUGUGGCAAAACGCGCUGCUGGACAAGCCCCUGUGCCCCAAAGAACUGUGGCACUUUGUUCAUCAGUGCUAUGGCAACGAGCUAGGCCUAACUAGUGACGAUGAGGACUAUGUUCCACCUGAUGAUGACUUCAACACCAUGGGGUUCAGUGAAGAGAUUCCCAAUGAAGAGAACGAGAUCAACAAUGACAACUUGUCUAAGAGCAGCGCUGAGGCCAAGCCUGAGGGGAGCCCUCCUUCGCUACAUAAGAAGGUCGUCCCAAACAUCACCAUCCCUAGUCCAGGCAACCAUGACACACCCAUCACAUUUGACCUCCCAGCAGAAGAGUAUGCAGACUGCCUACCAGAUGGUGAGCUGCUUGCUCUGCCCCUUUUGCUGGAAGAGAACAAUGAUACCAGCGGGCCUGGUGGUCUUGUCCCCUCACCCUCUCUGGACUUCAACGACAACGAAGACAUCCCCACUGAACUCAGCGACUCCUCCGAAACACACGACGAGGGUGAAGUACAGGCCUUUCAUGAGGAUCUGAAUGGCAGGCAGUACAUCAAUGAGAUCUACAAGUUAAGUGUGGACAAGCUCUACGCCAUCCUCUUCACAGAGUCGCAGUUCAUGAGUGACUUCAUGGAGCAGAGACGAUUCUCAGAGGUGGUGUACCACCCAUGGAAGACAGAGGAGGCUGGGAACCAGACAAGAGAGAUCUUGUACACCAUCUCGCUGUCCAACCCCCUGGCCCCCAAAACAGCCACAGUCACUGAGACACAGACUCUGUACAAAGCCAGCCAGGAGAGUGAGUGUUACAUCAUCGAUGCUGAGGUCAUUACACAUGAUGUUCCCUACCACGAUUACUUCUACACUCUCAACCGCUACAUGCUCACCAGGGUCGCCAAGAACAAGUGUCGGUUACGGGUAUCGACAGAGCUGCGCUACAGGAAACAGCCGUGGGGGCUGGUGAAAGGCUUCAUAGAGAAAAACUUCUGGAGCGGGCUAGCAGAGAACUUCCGCCAUCUAGAGUUGGAGCUGGCCAAGCUGGAGGAGAUACUGGAGUCCCACCAGCUCUCUCCGAAGGUGAUAAAAAACUCCACGGUGAGGCGGAAGAAGAGGCCACUCCCCCACAUGCGCAGCCAGCAUAUGGACGAGGCGCUCAGCCCCGUUACCACGCCGACGGAUGAGGAAGUGAUUCAGAGGAUCAAACAAGUGGCAGGCUCCACACAAACCAGACACCAGAGUCCAGAGCACCAUCACCUGCCCGCAGGCCUCGCUCUGUACAGCGUCUCCAAACUGCUGCUCAUCAUCAGCUUUGUGAUCUGUCUAAGCCUGGUCCUGCUGGUGUUCCUCAACAUGAUGCUCUUCUACAAGCUGUGGAUGCUGGAGUACUCUGCACAGUCUUUAACAACCUGGCAAGGUCUGCGGCUUCAUGAAAGUAAACUGCCUCAGACACAGAUGGAGUGGGCCCAGCUCCUGGAGGCGCAGCAGCGUUACCAUGACGUCGAGCUGCAGAAGUGGAGGGAGAUUAUCAAGUCGUCAGUAGUGCUGCUAGACCAGAUGAAAGACUCCUUAUUGAACCUCCAGCGAGGCAUUGGUUUAAGUGAUUACAGCUCCGAGGCUGAGGAGAAGAGAAGUCGCUAUCACUGACACAUCACCAACAAGGCCAUGAGGGCAUGCUGUGCAAUAUACUGUAGGACCUGUUUUGUUUGUGAACCAGUAUGCAGGCAGCAGCAAGACAAAGAGAGAGGACAGAGGGGGAGGCGGGACCAACAGUGAGCUGGUCCAAUAGACACAAAGAGUGGAACAGUCGUCUACAGUGCACAGAGCUUAGAACCCCCAGGAGGAGGAAAUUGACGGACAGAAAGUUCCCCUAUCACACACAGGAACUGAGGUGUCCCCAACAUCACUGAACCAUUGUGGGAAGGUGCUCCUUCUCUCCACCUGUGGGAUGAACCGUUUCCUUCUACUCUCUUAUUUCCAAGUGCAUCCUACUGUAAGCCAUUUCGACCAGAGAGUCGCAAAGAGAAAGAAGGAAAACUACUGCAUGCAUUUAGAUAACCUAGCUCCCCUCAGUCAGUGUUAAUGUGGUCCAGUUCCAGUCUAUGUGUGUCAAAAAAAAGAAGAACAGAAGACGAGGAGAGAUGGAGUCGAAGAAAGGGGGGUCCCUUUGAGUCUUAAUGGCUGUCUACACUCUCUAGACUGUUCCAAACCUAUCGUCCUCCGAGAGGUCCUGGCUGCAGCGUCCUUUUAGUAACCUACAUGUGAUCAGAGUACAGUUUCGUUCUACAACCAAAAAGGAGUGUUGUAGCUUGGAGCUCAGCUUCACCAGUCAGUCCCUAUUGCCUUGUUUGAAACUGGCCUGUGUUGUCUUUGUCAGGGCUGGUUCCCUGUCAGACUGUUGUGUUGAAAUAUUUAUAAGUAGAAUCUAAAGACUGAUGCGACCUAAGCCAGUACUUUUAACCUCAUACACAAUUUACAUAAUCAGUCGUCCCUGCCACAGUGUUAGAUACCUUACGUUGCAUUAUUCCUCAUCCUUCUAAUGAAGUAGAAUGUAUUAGCUUGGACAAAAAGGCCAGAACUUAGCCUAUUCAUUUUUGAAAAAGGGGUGCUGCAGCCAGACUAAUAGGGAGACCUGUGUUCUUACAUGUUUUAUUACUAAACUGUGACUAUAUCUCUUUAAAAAUGUUUCAAAUUAGAAAGAAUUCUAUGAAUAUAUUUGAAAUAUAUAAGAAUAUUUCAUUAUUUAAUAUAUAUAUUUCAAAAUAUAUAAACAUUACCUAUAUUUAUUGUUAAUUAAUGUACAUAAAGAAAUUAUCAGAGCUCUAGACCAGUUAAAGAAUUUCUAAUGAAAAGUGUUUUCUUCUAAAAAUGCAUGCCAGAUAUGUCUGUGACAUGUCCAGUGUGCAAGUAUGAUUCUGCAUUUGCGCGAUUAUAUUCGCGCAUGUGUGUGUGUGAGUGCGUGCAUGCGUGCGUGUGCGCACAAGUGUGUGCUGUAAAGUGUGACAUUUUUACCAUUCCACACUUGUAUGUUUCUUAAUUUUCUUUUCUGGCUUCAGCGGCCAGACUGCCUUUUUAAUGCUAAUGCAUUUGGAUGCCGCCUUGCAUUUGCCCCACCAGGGUACAGUUUACAAUCGAAGAGUUUUGUUCCAAAAUGACAUAUCCAACAUUUGAAAACAAAGUUACACCUACUUUCACAAAAUGAUUGAUUGCUUAAAAUAUCAAUUCAUGUCAGCGUUUGACACAUACUAUGUAGCUAAAAUCCAUGGUUGACAAAAGGAAGAAGACAGAAUUGAUCAUCUAAAUUUGAAGAUGAACUUGAUUAUUUUUCUCUGAUAAAUGGAUAUAAAACAUUUUGGAGAUGAACCCUUCAUUUGCCCUCUAUGAGCAACUCUUUGUCCAUGUCACCACAUUAGUGGCUUGACUUCUCUAAAAGGAAUAGUUUUAAAAUUCACUUACUCACUUUCUUGCCGAAAGUUAGGUGAAGAUUGAUACCGCUCUCAUGUCUGUAUGUUAAAUAUGAAGCUACAGCCAGCAAGCGAGCAGUUUCCUCCUGUUUCCAGUCUUUAUGCUAACCCAACUCCUGGCCUUACCAUAGGGUGUAUUCAAGAAGUGGACAUAGCCACCGUGACGUCACCCAUUGGUUUGUGGAUUACCGUUUUGAAGCCUCGAGUUUGGCUUUUUUUUUGGAGCCAGAAGUCAUCAUAUUUAGAUGAGAGGGUAGUGCUGGGGAGGAGUGCUAAAUGAUAUGCUAAAUUACUAGCUAGUGCUAGGUAGCUAGCUUGGUGAGCAAGGUGCAUCUGAAAUGCUUAUUUUGGCUAGCAAAGAACAGUGUUAAAACUAAAUGUACUUACCGGGAAAAUGAACAGUCAACUUCUUAUUGUCUUAUAGUACAACCAAACGCUGUAAGUAAAGCUGUAAAGUAGGGUCAUUUUCUCAUAGAGUUCUAUAAAAGCCAACUUCUUCUUGCAACCAAUGGAGUCGCCCCAUGCUGGCCAUUAGAAAGAAUGCAGGUUUAAGGCACUUCAGCUUUGGCUUCACUUUUCAGGCCCGGAGGUUGCUGCCUGGGCUCUACUGGCUAACCGCCAGCUAGCUUAGCUAACAGGGGAAACCGCUUGUCUGGCUAGCAUACAGGCUAGCCAGGCAAGCUGUUUCCCCUUUUUUUCCAGUCUUAAUGCUAGAGUAACCAUCUCCUGACUCUAGCUUCUUAUUUAGCAUGCAUAUAUGUGAGUGGUAUCAAUCUUCUUAUAUAACUCUUAGCAAAAAGCAAAUGAGCAUAUUUCCCAAAUUGUCAAACUAUUCCUUUAAAAACACCUACUUCAACCCAUAUUAUACUCUCCCCGAUUUCAAGUGUCUGUCUUGGAUGCAAUGAAAGCAUGAAAAUUAACUUUACGUAACUAAAGUGAACCAAAAGAAAAGUCAAAAUGUACCUUCACAAAUUAUCAUGUUGUUUUAAAUGAAGUAUUUAUCAUGUAUGUCAUGUAUUAUAUAUAUACUUUGUUAGGUGCGGUAAAGAGCAUCUCUUUUUGUCAACAGAGAUCCCUGACAGCUGACAGACUUUAGUGAUGAAAGCACUUCUAAAAAUAAAGAACUUACUUGUGUUAAAAAA